CUUUUAUGCAUGACCACACUUUGUGAACAUUUUUCCGGUUUGUAUUGUCAUCUGUGUGGGUGUACAAAUCAUUAAACGGACUCACAAGAGUGAAUUAAGACGGACAAGAUGGACAAAGGAAAUCGAGGUCACUGGACUAAGAUUACUGGAUAUGCUCUCACUCUGAUCAACAACUUUAUACUAAUGUUGUCAAUUAUAGUCCACUUGCAUUCGAUACGAUGGGCUAUUCCAGCCGUUGUGAUGGUUGGAUCAGCUCCAUUCUUCCUUGGACUGUGGGGAGGGAUACGUCUUGUCACGAGCAUCCUUCCUCGCAAAUGCUACCGAACGGGCGACGAUUAUCUGUACACUAUUUAUCAGAGAAUGGUGAUAUUCUUCUUCUACCAUGUAUCGGGGGUCGAGUUAUUAGCAUACGGGGAUACUGAUCUUUUGAAAAAGAAAGAAAAUGCAAUUUUUAUUUGCAAUCACCAGAAUACAGUUGAUUGGGCGGUGGCAAACUUUCUGGCUGUAAAGCAGGGGUCUCUGGGACAUUUAAGAUAUAUCCUGAAGGACGGACUGAAGUUCUUACCAUUUUUUGGUCCCUACUUUAAACAACAUGGAUGUAUAUACAUCAAACGAGGAGGAAAAUUUGAUCAAGAGAAAUUGAAAAGAGAUGUUGCAGUCAUCAAAGAUAAAAAAGAACCAAUAUGGUUAGUGAUCUUCCCUGAGGGUACCAGAUACAACCCAGAGAUCCCCAAGGUAUUAGAAAGGAGCAGAGCAUUUGCCCGAGAAAAAGGACUGAAGGAAUUAACAAACGUGUUGUCCCCCCGUACCAAGGCUUUGCACGCGUGUAUAGAGCAGCUGGCUGGUCAUGUGGAUGUUGUGUAUGACAUCACCAUCGCCUAUAGUAACACGAAAGACAGUUCUGGUCAACGCAUACCAGCACCACCUAUGACUGAUUUCCUGCUGGGUAAGGUAUCUAAGCUACACCUGAACCUGGAGCGGAUUGCAAUGCAGGAUAUCCCUAAGGAGGAGGAAAGGCUGCAAACCUGGCUGCACAGACUCUACGAAAGGAAGGACAAAAUAAUGACAGACUUUUACUCGGACGAUGUCAGUUUGCCUAAUGCUGGUAAAUUUCCAGGAGAUGCACAACAAAUCACAUUCAAGCAUCGCCAGACCCUGCCCUGUCUGCUUUUCUUUACAACCUGUAUUGGCCUAAUUCUCUCAACCCCUGAAGGUCGCAUCGCCUACGGAAAGUUCUGCGUGUUCGGUGCCCUAGGAGGCUGGGUUUGGAUGGCCUUCCGAUCCUGAUGUAGUGCUAGUUAUGUAUCGUAGGAAUUACUGAGUGGUUUUGUUAUGUCUUGUGCCAAUUUCUAAAUUUGUAGUCCCUUUUAGUCCAUGGUACUAAUGUGGACACAUCAAAAUAUAUUAGGCCAAAGUUCAAAUUAACACACAUUCAUAUUUCAAUAAUCAUUAUUCAACUGCCAUAGGUAUAAAAAUAUCUUACACUUGCCUUAUAUUAGUUUUAAGACUUAAAUCCAGGUAAGAGAAAUUUUGUUCAUCAUUCUUUAAGGAGUACAAUUAAUAACGGCAACAAGAAAAGUAACAAAACAAAAUGACAAUAUUUCCAAUAUGUUUUUGCUUAUAAAAUGUCUUUCAGGGUUAUAAUACCAAUAUCUACACAUUAUUGUUGAUCAAUUUUUCUUGAAAAUAUGUACCAUUUCUUUUAGGAUUUUUAAUUUUUUCAAAAUAUGCUAGCAUACAUGAUGUAAAAUAAUGGGAACAAAUCAUCUACAUGUGGGUAUCAAAAUAAUUGGCAUGUAAUUGCCAUAACAUUUUCUGACAUAUGUAGCGGAACUUGACUGCGUCGAUCGACGGUGACCUGGUAGCUCGAUUAAUAGAGCUUUCGUCUGAGGUUUAGAGGUUCCUGAUUUCGUGUAUUUUUUCCACUCCUGUUACACUUACAGUAUUACCAUAGGUCUUGUUCAUGUAAAUGAACCAUUCCAUCCAUGCUUGUGUCAAGUACAAUACAAGUACAUGUGUUUGAUCUUGUUACUGUUUCAGACAGGAAAUUGAUCUUUUAAAAUGUAUGAAGCAAAUUAUUUGUCUUAUUAUUUCAUGGCAUGUUUUUUUCAUUCAAUCUUUGAAUUUCUAUUAUAUGCACUGAUAUAAUUUCAAUCCAUUAAGCCAAUUUAUUGCUAUUUAUCAUAUACAAAAUGUAUUUAUUUGAUUUAUAUACAAUGUAAUGUGUGUCAUUGUUGCCACACUGCCAGUACAACAUAUGUUUUUCUGUAUAUUUACUGGUGUAUACUUCUGUAAUACUUUUUUAGUUUCUAUACAAUCACGGAUGGUGCACUUGUUUAAUUCUAUACACUCUAUAUAAUGUUUCUUCACUUAACAACACUGUGUGUGGUUGAAUAAUAUUUGUACUAUCUCUAUCUACAAAUAUUUUUUUUACACUUGUUUUAUUCGAUGGAUAAUUUAGUCCUGGACUAUCUCUAGAUAGAGUAAAUAUUUAUACAAACAACACUCUUUGUGGUUGUAUAAUAUUUGUGCUCUGUUUAUAAUUACAAUAUUGUUUUUUUCUACACUUGUUUUAUUCGAUGGAAAGUGUAGUCGUAGACUAUCUUUAAAUAGAGUUAACAUUUAUGCAAACAAUUUCUAUAAUAGUCUGGUUGUACACAGUUUAUAGUGUAGUUCUGUUAUAAAUAACAGAUUAUGAUAGGCUUACACAUUAUAUACCAUUUAUACUCCAGACCUUUUCUAGAUUUACAUAAAUAUGGCCUUUUUAAAUAUUUGUAGUCAGCAUUUAUACUAUUUAUUCUCCUAUUUCUACUCUGCUAAAUCACACAUGUCAGUUUUCAUUUGAGGUGAACUGCUUUCAGAUGACACGGUGUAUUUGUGAAUGUACCACUGAAUGACAUUUUGUCUUUGAGCUACUUUCAGUUGUCAUUAAGGGUCAAUAUGAAUGCCAGCUAGAAAAUGUGUAACCUGUAAAAGGGGGUCUCAUGUUAAAUGAAACUUGUAAACAAUACAACAUGUCAACUGAAAGCAGUUAACUCCUGAUGUAAUUAUAUUUCCAUUUUUGGAAGAUUUUUCAAUCAAAAAUCUAAAACAGCCAUGUGCCAAGAGGAGCGGGUGAUAUAUUAUGACAUUGUACUGAUGCUAAUUUCAACAAUUGGGCUAGGCUUUUAUAGCUCAUAAUUUUUAAAUGUAACCUUUAUUUAUUGUACAACAAUUAUGAAAUAAAUUAUCAGACUUACAUUAAACAUGCGGAGGUUUUAACGUAUUAGAAACCUGGACUAUCCAGAGAAACCCACAUGGUCAGGUGACCCAAUGCAUUUUUACAGCUGAUCAGGAAAUUAAACCCUAGGCCAUCUUCGUGGAAGGCAGCUGAUCAGGAAAUUAAACCCUAGGCCAUCUUCGUGGAAGGCAGCUGAUCAGGAAAUUAAACCCUAGGCCAUCUUCGUGGAAAGCAGGUGCUCUAUCCAGUCUGCCACCCUGUUAUUCGUAUUAGUAAUUCCAAAUGAACUAAAUGUUACUGUUAGGUUGUAAAGUGUCAUUGCCAUGGGCCAAUAGAGGUAGCCUACUUACCUGGUAUUAAGAAUGAUAAUGAAAUUUCGUUUGGUUGACCAAACAAAUAUUACUGUUGUAAAUGAGAUUUGUUUGCUUUUGCUUUUUGUCUUGUUCUCUAUUAUAUCAUUUUAUUGUAUUUGUUUGUACAGCAUUUGUGUACAUUAAUAUAUGUACCAGCUGAUUGAUAUCAAUGGGAUAAUUGUUUUUUAAAUGAAUCUAAUGGUUAUUAUUAAGAAUGUUGAAAUGUGUAAUAGUACUGGGUCUGAAGUUCUGUUUGUAUACCCAGUAAUUAAAAACUACGGAAAAGGACCCCCUUCUCACCUCCAAUCUCUAUGUAAUCCUCGGUCAAAGUAAAAUCUGAAGAUAUAGGUUUUUUUCGAAGGUUUAUUACAUUGGAAAAGAUCUUCAAAGUUCACAAAUACACAACAUGAAUACUUGAUUAGGAACAUGACAUAACUCACACGCAAUGAAUGAUUUCACAGAAAGUAUGAAUUAGAUAUAACAUUAAUAUAAAAGAAGACAUGUAUAUUUGAACUCACCUUAACUUACAAGGGAAUGAACAAUGAUAGAUGAUAGUGUAUGGAAGGUCUGAUAAUGUAGAAGGCUGGUUUUCAAAUAGCAUGAGGAACGAUUGUGCAGGGAAUGACAGGUGCUUAGCAUGCGCACACGCCCAUUCAGCUAAAUUCUCAUUUGUGUGACACAAAUCUGACUUGUAUAUCCAAGUCUAUAAAAUAAAUACUGUCUCUCAAUUUUAUAGGAUUAGAGGUUUUGUAUUAUCGUUAUUUUCACUCAUACUGUGUACAUUAAAUUUAAUGUUCACUGUGAGACCUGAGUCAUAAGAGAAUGAGGGCUUCUUUGUAUCUAUUUUGGCAUCACAUACUUGAACAAUAUCUAGACCGAAAAUAUAGUCGUAUGGAAAGUCUGUGAUACAUAGACAAAGUUUAAUACCAUCUAUGUCUAAGGACACUUUUCCGUUUCCUUUUGUUUUAACUAUAUUUCCUGUUGCUGUUACUCUAAUAUCACCAUCUUCAAUUUGCAUGUCUUGUAUGAUUGUUAUGCUUGGUCUUGUAUUCAUCAACAUCAAUUACAUGCGUGAACCACAAUUUCCCUGCAUAUUCGGGCAUGAACGCCUCCCUGGCAUAACAAAAGCCCUUAUCCAAUUUUACUGCCUUAUUUUCCGGUAUGAGUGUAUUCCUGGUGACAAGGAGACCCUCAGCCUGCCUGGCCACACGGUACUGUAUCUGUUACUUCAGACUCUUGAUGGACUGUUUGUUGAGGUACUCCAUCUCGGUGUGUCCAUUUCUUCAGUAAAAGUUACAGAUAUGCUGUUCAUAUGCUGUCUUCCAAUUUCCACAUGAGUCUCAAUUCUCUUACAUCAUUUCUAAGAUCCUCUUCCGCUCUUGGUAGAAUAUAUUAUUUGGCUAUCAACUGAUUGUUACAUUCCUGAAAUGGAUCGCAUUGUUGUCAAUCGAUAUUCGUCUCAUUUACUUGCCUAAUAAGUAGGUUCAGUCUUUUCAACUGUGCAAUUGUUUUAGAGCUGUCAGAGGCAAUAAUUUUAAAACUUCACCUCCAGGUCGAAGCUCCUGUGGUAACAUGGUUUCAUCUGGUCAGGUUUUCAUUCACCAUAGCCCUUUCCAUUGCAAAGCUUUCACGUAUUGGAACCAUGUGAACAGUCCCUUUUCUGGUCAUCCAUUGAACAUAAGUUAUGGUGAAAAUCCUGUCUCUGCAUUGGGCAUCUCUUUAUGUGAACAACGCAUUCAGCAAUAGUCCAUCCCGUGCCUUUUCUUUUGACAUGUAUAACUGUUUAAUACAACUUUGACAGAUACAUCUAACCUCUGUACUUCCCCGUAAACUGUUGGAUGAAGGUGAUUUUAUUAUGUUUUUAAUCCCCAUCACCCGUUGUAUUUCCUUUGUUGUUUUAAGGUGAAAUUUGUGCCUUGGUCCAUAAGGAUAACAAGAGACACUCCAACUCUACCGAAAAGUUCCACCAGCGUGUCUUACAAUUUAGGUGUCAAUAUUCUUCUGUAGGAAUGCCUCUAGAUAUUGUUAUUGUCAAUCCUUUUUGUGAUAAAAUAACCUAAUCUCACUUUUUGUUCGGGAUAAUGGUCCAACCACAUCCAUUAUGAUUUUUAAGGCUCGGGUCAAUUUUAACACCUAAUCCUUUCACUACUCUGCUCUCAACUGAUCUGCUAGUUACUUGCCAUUGUUGGGGUUAGCAAUGCAACUAUGAUGGAUUCCUGAAAACGACGUCAUUCUUCAAGUACAUAGCAUUAGUUUCAUCCUGUACUACAUAUGUACCUCUGUUGAUUCUGCAGCUUUCUCUACAAAUGUUUGAUAGGAUUAAGUCUUUCUGUUGGAAGCUUACUAAGUACUUCAGCAGGUAGAUAUGUAUCUGGACACCAUGAUAUCUCGUUUUUGCUAAUGUCUGGUGCAGUGCUUGAGAUGAAUUAUUGAACUUAGGUGGUUAAACAAAGUAAACAGUAAACCCUGGUGGAUCUUUGGUGGUCAAAAUCCUUAUUGAUAACUCAUUUUUUCAAACUGGGUAGCCCAAGUGCUUGCUUUGGUCACCUAAAAUUAUCCUUAGGGGCGGUUCAUCUCUUAGUCUGCAUUCUCUGGCGGUCAACUGUUUGUUGCAUUUUGAUUGGGUCCUGUUGUCGACACAAACUCUUCCAAGACAUGUUGUUUUGCAGUAUGAGAUUUCCAUUUAGUCCUGGUCCAUUUUUUCAAAACUGGCUGCUGCCAACAAAUGUGACUGAGCUUUUAGUUGGUCAUGUGUUGAUGACAAAAAUAUGACGUCAUUCACUUCGUUACUUAUAUUUGAACUAAAUAUACCGGUGGUAUAUAUAUAUUAAUGAUAUAUAAUCCAUUCAUGUGUCCAUAAUGACAGCACAGUGUUCUCCUUCCUCAAACUUGAUGGUGGGGGGGUACCUCACAAAAUUGACCUUCUGAUCAUUUUAAAAAAAAUAACAAUAUCGCACACUCGGACCACACAUAUCUAAUUUACACAGCUGACCAGCUCUUACAAUUGCUCUCUAUCAAUAUAAUAAGUACUGCAGGACUCCUUCUCCCCAGUCUAAUAUUAUUAUUGCUCCCACUACUCACCACAAAGAUGACUACUUCACGAUACAAACAGGACAUCAGACCCGUUUGUUACGAGUUAUAAUGUAAACCUCGGCUGUGAGGACAUUAUCGAGAUUCGAAGUGCUAUCCGUUAACCUACAGCAUUUUGCAUUGUUAGUGUAUUCAAGUAACUGACAACAAUUUAUUAGUGUGUCUGUGUACCACUGCAGUCAUCUUGAUUCCAUUAAUUAACACUGGUUGUUUGUUUCUUUGGGAGAUAUUUCAGCCGAAAGUGUAUGUCAAGGUUCCCAAGUGUCUGAGUGGCUCAUUAAGUACAUGUAGUAUUAUGGUUGUAUUUACUUAUAAGUUUAAGUGUGACUUCAUAGCAUUAUUGAAAAUAUGUUGAAGAAAUUAUUGCUGUAUCAGACAUUUUUCUUGACAAAAAAAAUGGAAUUUCUGUUUUCUUUUCUAUUUGCAAACUUUUAUGUUAUUAUAUGAACAUUCUUUUAGCGAUUUGCUCAUCUUUUAAAGAAAAGAAGUAUAAGAUCCUAUACUAUCUCAAGUUCAUGAUAUAUAUGGAAGGGCUGCUAUAUGACAUUAUAGUGGUCAUUUGUUGUCUGAAUGUACGGUAAACAUUCAGCUGAUGUUGCUUUCGGCUGAUGUUGCUUGGAUGGAAGAUAACAUUCUCCUACCGCAUAGUGGUCAAUAUAUGAUAUAAUAAUACAGAUAGCAUUAUAUACAGCAUAUGAAUGAUAAUGAUUCAUGCAUAUCCCCAGGGGACUGAAGCACAAUCCCCUGUAAUACAUCUCUCUGUAUUAUGAUAAAGAUAAGUAUCUUUCUACCGUCCCCUGUGUAUUUAUUCUUUCCUACCCAGAUUCUCUAGUCUUUAUGUUGUCUUGUCAAACGUUUGGUGGACUACUCAAGUGACAGAUCAUACUCGGACAUAUUAGUCAAAAUAGACGUUUGUAUAUUUUAUUGUUUCAUUGUUUGUAUGAGAUUUUUUCAUAAGGAGAUGUCAAUUCAACGAUUUGAAGAUGUUUAGUUUUCGUCUCGACGCCACGAAGUAGUGAAAGCGAGACUAAGGUGUUGCUUUUCCGGCGACGACAUCAACAUUAAGGUUUUGCGUUUAAGUUAGUUUCACUGAGAGUAUAAGUGCUAGACCAACCAAACGUGGACCAUACAUGCAUCUUAGAUAGUACAUCUCAACCCAUGCAUCAAAUGCUGGAUGCGGCCUUCCUUUCAUGGUCCAUUGACUUUGUCAGCAUCUCCAUCAAUAUUAAGUUUUUGCGUAAGUUAGUUUCUCUGAUAUGUGCUUUGAUGGUCAAAGCGGCGCACAGGAAAGACAUAUCAAUCUGAAUGGAUUGUUAACAGAAAUACUUUCAAUAUUGUUUAGGACUCCAUUUGAUUGACAAGAAAAAGAGCAUACACUGCUGUAAUUGAUCGUUUUAGUACUGAUCUCUUUAUUGAAUGUGGUCGAAUUUUUAUGUACAUUGUAUUUUAUGUAAUACAUUUUGUAUAUAGGGCUUAAUUAUUGAAGAUCAGCAUAUUGCAUGCAUCUUUAUAAUAAUACCAACAUUGCAAGUAUUAAUUCUUUGUUUAGUCAAAUUAGACAAAAUAUUUUAUUGAAUGGAUCAAGUGAUGCUUUUAUUUCUUGCGGGACUUAGAAUAUGGCGUUCAUUUUUGUAUGUGGACCUAAUUGUUUAAUCGAAUAAUGAAUAAGAAAACGGUUCAUUGUUGUAAACUUCUACUCGACGUUACUGUGCUGCAUCUGAUCAAAUUACGCCAAAUUGCCAAGAAUGUGUUGUAUUGUGCUACAUUGUAGUCAGACUGACUUGGGGAAAUGUGUUUGCUUUGAAUAUAUAUGUAUAUGAAAUAAAAGCUGACUUAUCUAUGUA